AUGAAAGGACAAAGAAAGCAAUUCGGUACACGUUAUUUGAACGAUGAAUUGGAAGUAUUUAAAUACAAUGCAUGGGAUAAUGUGGAAUGGAAAUUUGAACAGGAAGAAGAAGCACGUAACCAGAUAGCUAACCAAAAAAAAUCACCUGUUGCAUCUCAGGAAGCUGAAUAUUUGCUGCAAAAUCCUGCUGAACAGUGGGAUACAUUUUACCGAACACACAGGAGUAAAUUUUUUAUGGACCGUAAUUGGCUGCUAACCGAAUUUCCUGAAUUAAAUGUUGAAUGUCGAAAAUCAGAUGAUCCACUUUACGUUUUGGAUGUUGGAUGUGGCGCCGGCAAUGCCACGAUACCGUUGUUGCAAGCAUCUGAACAAUCUGGAAAAAUGUUUGUUUAUGCUUGCGAUUAUUCACUGCAGGCUAUGGAUAUUCUGAAGCAGGAUACGGUACAGUGGUCCGAUAGGUGUAAACCGUUUGUAUGGGACAUUACGGGACAAAUAACAGAAAUUGUACCUGUGGGAUCCCUCGACAUAGUCCUUUGUAUUUAUGUACUCUCGGCAAUCCCACCAGAAAAGCAGCAACAGACAGUUGAUAAUUUAGCCAGUUUGCUGAAACCAGGUGGUGUAUUAUUAUUGAAGGAUUACGCACAGUUUGAUAUGACGCAAUUGAGGUUUAAGAAGAACCGUUUAAUAGACGAAAAUUUUUAUCGUCGUGGUGAUGGAACUCUGGUUUAUUUCUUCAGCCAGGAUGAACUGGAUAGGUUAUUUACUGAAGCUGGUUUGGAAAAAGAAAUUAAUGUUUUGGAUCGACGAUUAAUAGUAAAUAGAGCUAAAAGAGUGAAAAUGUACCGCAUGUGGGUGCAAUGUAAAUAUGUGAAAAGUGCUUUGUUAUGA